CCCCAAGCUGCGCAAGAGCGAAUUCAGGAGGCACCCCAAUUCUGUUUAUGUAGUUUUAUUGUAGUUUUUACUGUAGUUGUAAUCGACUCCACGAUGCUAUCGGAUACUGAACUGGAGCCUAUAAAAGAGAGAUUCAUCAGAGCGCAGAAUGUUUUUAAUUAUGUCAGUCAGCCAAUUGCAUUUAUGGGAAUGUGGCCAGUCAAUGUCACCACUGGCACUCGAAUAAGAACUUUAUUUUACUAUAUCUAUCAUCUUUAUCGGAUUGGAAUGGAGUUGUUUGAGUUUUUCAUGGUCUUUCCGAAUCUUGGACUUGUCAUCGAAAAUCUUGCAAUGACAGGUGUACAAAUAGGACUCGUGUUGAGGCUGUCAUUGAUAAGAUUCUCCGCAGGGAUGCACCGGCUGCUCCACAUAUUCAAAGAUUUACGUCAACUUGAUAAGUUCAAUGAUAUGAGGGAAAUUGAAAUAUUUCUCGACUACAGCGAGAGCUGCGAAAAAUUGUACAGAAUUGUUCUGUGGCCAGCUGCUGUUGCUUGUAGCUCGUGGUGGUUUACACCCUUUCAGAAUUAUCUUAUUGCUAGGUUUCGCAACCGCACAUUUGUAUACGAAUCUCCUUGGCGGAUGCCACCGAUUGAAGCUAUGGAAAGGACCGACGUAAUUGUGAUAGUUCAUGUCAUUGAAUUGCCAGUAGUGUACAUUUCGUUCUGUUACAUGAUGACAUACUGCAUAUAUUUUUCGCUGGUGAAUCAAAUUCGCUGUCAAUUGGUUAUAAUUAAUCACAAAGUACGGAAUCUUCGAGUUGAUCAGGGGACCAAUGUGGAGGGAGUAUUCAAGCCCAUUGUUGAAAGACAUGUCACAAUAUUUGAACUGGUAAAAUCGCUAAAUGAUUGGUCUCAAAUUACCCUUAUGUGUGAACUUCUUGUCGUAAGCCUCACACUUGGAUUACUUAUAUACAACAUAAUGGUGGUUUCAGAAAGUUCACAAGACUUCUCUAAAGUCAUGAACUUUGGGUUCUACGUAUUUAAUAUGCUUUCCAUCAUGUUCACAAAUUGUUAUAUGGGUCAGUCCUUGGAAGACGAGGCUCUGAACCUGGCUGAUGCAUUUUAUGAUCAUGAUUGGACCCAUUUACCGAUCACAUGUCAAAAAUCGUUCGUGAUAUGCAUGAUACGGUCCCAAAGACCGUUGCAAUUAACAGCCGGAGGCUUUUACAAAUUCUCGUUGAAUGGUUUCACAAGUAUAAUUAAAUCAAUAGCGGGAUUCUACUCAAUGCUGAGGGCAACGACUUGAACUCAGUGUGUUAUCGCCACAUUGUUCACUAAAAGUUUAAAAUACUAUAUUAUAUAAACUCACCGAAGGUAUCCGACCUGAUUAUGACGAUUGUAACUAAUAUGAUUUAUUCUCAUCUUAUACACUAAAGAUGUCAUGCAAAAUGUUAAAAAUAGAGCACAUAUUUUCCUGAAGAAGAGCCGACU